CUCCGCUUUCUUACAAAAUUAUAAUCAUUAUUUAAUUGCAAAUGACCUGAUCAUCUGUAUCAACCCACAACAACAUGCCUGUUCUCAGCAUGCCACCUCUUUGUGUUAAUUUCAUCAUCGCCAUCUUCUUGUUCAUCGUCAGUAGUCCAACAUCACAUGGCGCCGACAAUGAAAAUUACACGACUUGCCACCAAAAAAAAUACGACUGCGGAGAGCAAAUAAAAGGAAUUGGAUAUCCCUUCUGGGGAAAAGAUCGACCUCAGCUCUGCGGCGUUCAAGGUUUUAAUCUCACGUGCAAAGGCAAUGAAAACACAACCAUAGUCAUCGAGAAACAGGAAUUUCGUGUUCUUCAUAUCAAUCAAUCUGCUCAUAGCAUGACCAUUGCACGAGCCGAUCUGUGGGAUACUAUUUGCCCUGCGAAAUUCAUUAAUACCACUUUGAAUUUCACUCUUUUCGAUUACGGUCCUCAUCCGUAUGUUCUAAAUCUUACUUUGUUCUAUGAUUGCCUCCCUGACCUCCCAUCUUAUUUCCCAUCUUAUUAUCCUAUACAAGAACGGAGUCAUUUUCAAUGCCCCGAGGUAGCGGGGAGCCAGAAUAGUAGUAAUAUUAGUUUCUUCGUAGAAGACCCAUAUGACUUGCAUAUUCCGGAAGGGGGAUGUAAGAGCAGAAUCAAGGUUCCAGUUUUCCAAGAGCGUCUUAAUGCAUUUUGGGGGGAUGAAGAUAUGACUCUGGAACAAUUGGUGAAGCAGGGAUUUGAGGCUGAUUAUCAUGAAAUGGACAAAUUCCUGGCCUGCGACUCGUGCAAUUACUCUGGAGGGGAAUGUGGGACUGACACUACUACAAAUCAAGCAAUUUGCUUUUGCUACGAUGGACCUCAAUCGCAAAUGUGCCGAAGGCCAGUGCCAGAGCCAGAGCAUAAUGAAGGUUCGCCGCCAAUAACACGUGGUAUAGGGCAUACAAAAAUUAAGUUGCUAGCGGCGCUCGGUAUAGGAGUAGGUACCUUACUUGUGGUGGCUAUUGUUUUCAUCAUCUAUCAUCGCAGGAACAAAAAAUACAAUGCGACGUCGUCUUGGAUAGCUCGAUACACUUCUCAUACAUCUUCAAUGAAUGAUAUUGAAAAGGAAGCAAGCUACUAUGGAGUCCAAACUUUCAGUUAUGAUGAACUCCAAAAAGCCACCAACAAUUUUGAUUCCAAGAAAGAAAUUGGAGAUGGAGGAUUUGGCACUGUAUACCAAGGCAAACUUCGAGACGGGCGUGUAGUUGCGGUGAAGCGAUUACAUGAACACAAUUUCAAAAGAGUGGAACAAUUCAUGAACGAAAUAGAGAUCCUCACCCGCCUCCGCCACCCAAACCUCGUCUCCCUCUAUGGCUGCUCCUCCCGCCACUGCCGCGAGCUCCUCCUUGUCUAUGAAUACAUCCCUAAUGGCACUGUCGCCGAUCACCUCCACGGUGACCGUGCAAAACCCGGUUCCCUUUCUUGGACUACAAGAAUGAGCAUUGCAUUCGAAACCGCUAGCUCAUUGGCUUACCUCCAUGCAUCUGACGUCAUUCACCGCGAUGUCAAAACUAACAACAUCUUGCUCGACAAUAGCUUUUGCGUUAAAGUUGCUGAUUUUGGACUUUCUCGUCUUUUCCCAACUGAUGUGACCCAUGUGUCCACGGCCCCACAAGGUACUCCGGGUUAUGUGGACCCCGAGUACCAUGAAUGCUACCAACUUACUGAUAAGAGUGACGUUUAUAGCUUUGGGGUUGUUUUGAUCGAGCUUAUAUCGUCUAAGCCAGCUGUGGACAUUACAAGGCAUCGCCACGAAAUUAAUUUGUCUAAUAUGGCGAUUAAUAAGAUUCAAAAUCAAGAACUUCAUGAGCUUGUUGAUCCGUGUCUUGGGUUUAACUCGGAUUAUAAGGUGACGGAGAUGAUCAAGGUGAUUGCUGAGCUGGCAAUUCAGUGUUUGAAAAAUGAGAGCGAUAUGAGGCCAUCGAUGAAAGAAGUGUUGGAGGUUUUGAAGGAAAUUAGCAGUGUGGGCUAUGAUAGGAAGGUUGCGGACGAGAUGGACAUACCAACAGAUGAUGUUGUAUUGUUGAAGAGUGAUCCACCGACGCUUUCGCCUAAUUCUUGGAGGCAAAAUUGGGUUAGCAGGGGAAGUACCACAUCUAAUGCUAGUAGUAGCUUAGUUGAUGUAUCAUUUUAAUGCAGUCAAGAUCCAUUUUAUAGUGAAUUUUGGGUGAUAAUGCCGUCUUAUUUCCACCAUGAAUAUGAAAGUUACUCUGAAUUAUAUUAAUGCCUUCGUAUAUAGUGAUAAAAUCAUUCAUUGUAUAA